AUGAUUGUGCACUCCCGUGUGCCCGUGCCAGCCGUGGCGACCCUGCUGUUCGUGGUGGUGCUGUUCAUAGUCUGGACUAACUUCCCCACCCCGAGCCCCUCGGACCUCUGCCCAUCACCUGAGGAUAAAGUGCACGUGCUCCUGCUGUCGUCAUGGCGAUCGGGCUCUUCGUUUUUGGGCCAGGUCUUUAACCAGCACCCAUCAGUGUUUUACCUGAUGGAGCCGGCGUGGCACGUGUGGACGUGGCUCCGGCGGCCCAGCGCUCGCAGCCUGCGCAUGGCGGUGCGGGACCUGAUGCACCGCGUCUUCCACUGCGACCUGGGGGUGAUGGACUCCUACAUGCCGCCCCACUACAACACCUCGCACCUGUUCAUGUGGAGCCGCAGCCAGGCGCUGUGUUCGGCGCCGCUCUGCCCCCUCAGUCAGGGUCGACAGGCCACGUGGAACAAGGACUGUGAGACGCGCUGCUCAAGUAUCAGCAUGAACCUGGCCGGGAAGGUGUGUCGCACCUACAGCCACGUGGUGCUGAAGGAGGUGCGCUUUUUUGAGCUGGAGUCCCUGUACCCUCUGCUGCAGGACCCCACGCUCGACCUCCGCAUCCUGCACCUGGUACGGGACCCGCGGGCGGUGUAUCGCUCCCGGAUGAAGUCGGUGAAUGCGCUGGAGUACGACAGCUCCUUCGUUCUGGAGACGCAGAAAUCUCUAAAGCCGGACGACCAGAAACUGGUCAUGCAGGAGGUGUGCAGGAGCCACAUCCGCAUCCACAAAACCGCCACCGAGAAAGCUCCCGCCUUUUUAAAGGGCCGCUACAAGCUGGUGCGCUACGAGGACAUCGUGGAGGACCCGCUAACGGCAAUUAAGGACAUUUACGAUUUCACCGGCCUGGAGAUGACGGAGACUCUGGAGAAGUGGAUCUACCGGAUCACCCACGGAAAGGGCAUGGGAUCCGCCUUCCAGAUCACUGAGCGCAGCGCCACGGACGUCUCCCAGGCCUGGAGGAAGAGCUUAGCGUUCACCGAGGUGCAGAAGGUCCAGGAGGUCUGCAGGAGCGCCAUGUCGCUGCUGGGUUACCGCCUGGUUCACAGCGAGGACGAGCAGAAGCUGCUGGACCUGGACCUGACCCAGGACGAGGGUUUGAACUUCAGCUGGUCGUCCUCCAACAGAACCUUCAACCGCCAGCCGCUGUUUUAAUAAUAAGUGCGUCUGAGCUGGACGUCUCCUCGCCAGCGGUCAGCGAGUCGGUAUUUAUGUAGACAGGUGGGCAGAAAGAACGUAAAUAAUGAGCCAGAGUUCCUCAGAACGACGUCACGUCACGACCUGCAGGUCAAGUGCCAAGAGAGACAAACACGGAGAGAUUCGCUUCAAUUAUUUAUACAAGAACUGGGUACGACAGGAAUGUGUGUGUGUGUGUGUGUGUGUGUGUGUGUAUAUGAAUAUAAGAAUAUUGAAUGUUUAAGUUUUGAAUGGUUUUUUUUUGUCGUCUUUGAUGUUUGUGGUGUUUUAUGGAGUUGAGAAUGUUCCCCCCUACCACUGACCUGCUGGACCUCAGAACGUGUUUGGAAUCGAAAAGAUUUUUUAUUUGAAUCACUUUUAUAAUCAGCUGGUUUAUUUGAUCUUUAUAGGAUUUUAUAUGAUGGGACUUUGAUCAAAUCUUGAUUUAUUUAUAAUAAAAGAUUUAAUAUUUGAUUUGA